AUGCUUAGUGCUAACAUCCCGUUAAAUAAAUUAAGUAAUACAUAUUUCAAACAAUUUUUGAUAAAAUAUACUGGACAAAAUAUUCCAGAUCAAACAACAUUACGCAAAGUUAAUGUUGACCAUUGUUACCAGGAAGUUUUAAACGAAAUAAGACAAAAAGUAGCGGGAAAGAAAAUUUGGGUCUCAAUAGAUGAGACAACAGAUGCCGAGGGCCGCUUUAUUGCUUCAGUUAUUAUCGGUACAUUACUCCUCGAUCGUCCAGGUGAAAUUUUUUUAUUUAACCUCGAACAAUUACAGAAAACAAAUCAUAGUACAAUAUGUUCCCUAUUUGAAAAUUCACUUUAUUUAUUAUGGCCUGACGGAAUAAGACGAAACGAUGUAUUGCUGUUUUUAAGUGAUGCUGCGCCUUAUAUGGUGAAGGCUGGUGAUACAUUAAAAGUGUUGUAUCCAAAAAUGGUUCACGUAACUUGUACUUCCCAUGGAUUACAUAGAGUCGCUGAACAAAUACGUAUUCAAUUUCCAAAAGUUGAUAAACUGGUAGCAAAUGUUAAACGAGUAUUCAAAAAGGCGCCUUAUCGUGUUCAAAAAUUUCAUACUGAUGCACCGAAUAUAUCACUACCUCCUGAACCUAUUCUGACACGUUGGGGUACGUGGAUUUCUGCCGUAUUAUAUUAUAGUGAAAACUUUCAAACUGUAAAAAACAUAAUUGAAAGUUUUGAUGAGAAUGAUGCGCUUUCCAUAAAAAAUGCUCAAAAAUAUUUUAAAAUUACUCAAAUGAAAGGAAACUUGACUUUUAUACAUUCGAAUUUUGCAUGUCUUCCCAUAGCUAUAACGCGUCUACAAAAACAAGGUAUACCCUUAUCUGAAGGUAUUGCAAUCAUACAAGAUAUUUCAUCAAAGUUUAGUCAAUUAACAGGUACCGCUGGAAUUGAUAUUAAUAAAAAAUUACAAACAGUUCUCAACAAAAACAAAGGAUUUCAAAUUGUUUGUAAUAUUUCAAAAAUAUUAACUGGCGAAGAAGAGAAUGUAGGUGAUUUGGAUAUACCAGAAGAUUUAACCAGUAGCGACAUGGCGUAUUUUAAGUUUGCACCAAUAACAUCCGCAGAUGUAGAACGAUCGUUUUCUUUAUAUAAGAAUAUAUUGGCACCAAACAGGAGGUCUUUCAAGUUUGAAAAUCUCAAAAAAUCAUUAAUCGUACAAUGCAAUAAUUACUUUAGAGGUAAAUUUAUUAAAUAUUAAAUUUAUUAAAUAUUAAAUUUAUAUUUAUAUUUAUAUUUAUUUUUUUUAUAUAGAUGCCGUAAAUGACGAUGAUGAAGAUCGCAAUUAAUUUAAAUUUAUAUAAACAUGUAAUACCCAUAAAUUUUUAACAAUUAUAUUUAGUAUUUAAAAAAAUAUUUUUUGUUGUUUUUUGUAUAUUUUUGAAAAAUUAGUACAUAUUUUACGAAAUUUUAAUAGCAUAUUUUUAUGCACGUUUUGAUAUUUUUAGUGCAUAUUUUGAUAUUUUUUAGUGCAUAUUUUCAUGCAUAUUUUGACAUUUUUUAGUGCAUAUUUAAUAGUUUUUUGGUGCAUUAAAUUCACAGCCCUGNGCUCCGAUUUUUAAGUAUAACACUGUUUUUGAAAGGAAAUCGGACUAGGGAAGUGCCUUAGGGGGAUAAUUUUUCGAUUUUCCUAAGAGUUUUCCUAGAAAAUGUGAAGAAAAAAAAGAAAGAUCGGUACGUUAAACAAAUAUUAUUAAAUAAAAUACAUAAUGCCUAUUUAAUUAUUUUACGAUAAUAUGACAUGUAUAUUGUUGACAAAGCAUCACGUUCAGAAUCGUCUUUUCGUUGGCAAUAGUUUAUCGUCGCUUACAGAUAUAUAUUAAAUUUCCUUCUGUAUCCAAGCUUCCCAACUUCCAACCUAUAAAAGUAGCUACACUCGUCCCCAUUAUCCUACCUUUCUAUUUUCCGGUCGAAACAAUUAACUUUUGUUUAACCGAGUUCAGUACCUAACGAUUGCUUUUUAAAUUUUAAAUUCGAACCGAAUGUUUUUUGUUUGUUUAACUUAAAAAAGUCAAUAAUUGUUUUCGUUAACUUGCAGUCAACUUCCGACAGCGAUAUGCGACGAAACAGGGACGUCAUUCGAGUUUCUUAUAAUGGAGUAUAAUAUCCACGCCUCCGUCACCGGGCACCGGGUUAAUUACACCGUUAAAACAAAUUGUUGA